AUGCAACCAAGCCUCGGCCUUCAAGUCACCCUGGCAUCCCAAUUGCCGAUUCUCCACGCACAACCUUCUCUUACCAUCCCAGUCAAAGUUUCUGUCCAUAACACUGGGAGUGACCCUGUGACAUUUCUGAAAUGGGGAACUCCGUUCGAUGCCCAUGCCGCAGUGUCGGGAGUCUUCGAAGUUUGUGAUACAGCCGAUGGAACGCUUCUAGCCUUAGAUGUGCUCAAAAUGUCCCGAAAGCUUCCAGCUUCGGCAGAAGACUUGAUCGAAGUUGCUGGAGGCCAAGUCCUGGACAAUAUGGUUGAGCUACGUGGGAUACAUUUCCAAGAAGGUCAUGACUACUCCAUUGUUACAAAAGGCAUUUGGCAUGCUAUCUGGAAGGAGCCACUCGCUAGCGUGACUGCGUCCCAAUUAGCGGAUUUCUCAGGGGCAAACCGCGGUGAGUUUCGGUCAAAUGUUGCACUUGUGAAGAUUGAGUAG